AUGGCUGUGAACGUCUUAAAGUUCAAUGACGAAAAGACUGAGGUGAUCGUCUUAGGAAGUUCCACUGAGAUUCCUAAACUAGAUGUUGGUUCCUUGGCUCAGUUCAGAGGUGAGGGCUACCAGGAGGGGUUUGAGAGGGGGACCAGUCGGGGGCUGAAGGAAGGACGCAGACAUGGAGCCUCCCAUGGAGCCAAGCUGUCCUCUGAGGUUUCCUUCUAUUAUGGCUUUGCCAUCACGUGGAAGUGUCUUCUGCAACACAGCACAGAUAACAAAUCCAGAAAGCGAGUGAAGGCUCUAGAAAGUCUUGUGGCUUUGAGCCAGAAUUCUCUUCUUGAUGAUCCGCAGUCUGUGACGCUACAGGACAACGUGGAGAAGCUCCGAGCCAAGUUCAGACAGGUCUGCUCGAUGCUAAAUGUCCCCACUGACUUUAAGGAGUACUUUAAAGGAGCUGAAGGGACCUCCUUCUGAGACGGUCGAGUGGAGCUGCAUGAGGAGCAGAGCCUGCUGGUUCAUCAAAGACAGACGAGGAGAUGGGCUGCGAUGGCCGCUGUUUAUGAGGCGGCUGACUGGUCUGCAGUGAAGUCCUGAGAACUCUGUGAAGCAGAAACUCUGGUUUUUACUUGUUUUUGAGAGUCUUAACUGGAUUCAUCUCAGCGAGGACUGAACUAGAGUUAAGAAAAUGAAAGCAGCCAGGCCACUACUCCAGUUAGACUCCAGAACUGGGAUGAAUUGGAUUUGUUUGUGAUUGAUAAGAGUGGAUGUGGUGCAGUGAUUCACACAUCUUGAUGAAGGCAGGAUGACCGUCCACUCACAGGACAGUCUCAGAUGCAAUAACUGGUUUUAAUGUGACCGUUUUGGUGUCUGACCAGUAUUAUAGGGAUUUAGUCAAUGGCUGGUUAAAGUACUGGUGGUACAUUUACUUAAAU